AUGGCGUCGCAGCGACCUCGCGCGGGCGAUGGGAGGAGUGAGGGGGUGAUGAGAACACGGGGCGAGGGUGCGAGCGCGGGUGGGGGCAUGGGCCGAUCGCAAGGAGGGGGCGGGACGGGAGGGGGGGGCGGGCGGGAAAGGGCGAUGGGAGAGGGCGAGGGGGGUUGGCGAGGGAAGAUGCGAGGUGUGGGGGAAGAGGGGGACGGGCGCGGCAGCGGGCGCGGGGCAUCACGGGGGCUAGCGGGGCUGGAGACGGCGGGCGCCCGCGAGAGCGUGGUGCUGGUGGGGGCGGCGGCGUGGGUGGUGGCGCGGGUGGCGCUGCGGGGAGUGCUGCCAGGCGGCACUGUGGCGGCCAUGGCGGCUGUGUGGGCCGCCGCUGUGGGCGCUGAGUGCCGCGGCUGGGGAGCGGCCUUCCACGUGCUGCAGCCCAGGCUGGGCGCAUCCUCGCCGGGGCUGCACCUCGCUGCCAUCACGCCCUCCGCUGCCAUUGCCGCUGUCUGCGCCCUGCACCGCUCUGCACCGCUUUCUACUCCUCCCUCGUUCCCCCCCUGGCUGCUGGUGCUGCUGCACGCGUCCUUGGCGACCUCGCUGGCUGCAGUGGCCGGCACGGCAGCCGCUGCUGGCCACCCUGCGCUGCGCCGAGCAGCACUCGAGCAGGCGGCAGCCAAGGGAGGGACAGCCGAGGACAGUGGAGGGGGGGAGGAGGGGGGCAGGAGAGGGCAUGCAGGGGGCAGAAGGAGGGGCGGGGGACGCGAGGAGGGCAGCGACGGGGGGCGCAUGGAUGCGGGCGUGGGGGCGUUCGAGCGGCGCUUCUUCGGCGCGUGGCUGGCCGCCGGUGCUGCUGCCGUGCUGCUGCUCUGCCAUGCCCAUGCUGACGUGGCAUGGCGGAUGGCAGCAGGUGAGGUAGAGGACCGUUCGCCCUCCCCUCCCCUGCACCCUCCCCUGCUCUCUCCGCUUGCCCUUCCCCUCUGCCGCCCCCCUCUUCGCCCCUACCCCACGCCACCCAGCCAGCGUGGCGGCGCUGCACCUGCUGCUCUGCGCCCUGCUGCUGCGCACCUUCCUGCUGAAGUUUCCUCGCAGCUUCACUCCUGGCACGCUCUCGUCACCAUCGCCAUGCCUCGUGUCACCAUCGCCAUGCCUCGUGUCACCAUCGCCAUGCCUCGUGUCACCAUCGCCAUGCCUCGUGUCACCAUCGCCAUGCCUCAUGUCACCAUCGCCAUGCCUCGUGUCACCAUCCCCAUGCCUCAUGUCACCAUCGCCAUGCCUCGUGUCACCAUCGCCAUGCCUCGUGUCACCAUCGCCAUGCCUCGUGUCACCAUCGCCAUGCCUCGUGUCACCAUCGCCAUGCCUCAUGUCACCAUCGCCAUGCCUCAUGUCACCAUCGCGAUGCCUCGUGUCACCAUCGCCAUGCCUCAUGUCACCAUCGCCAUGCCUCGUGUCACCAUCGCCAUGCCUCCUGUUACUAUCGCGAUGCCUCGUGUCACCAUCGCCAUGCCUCAUGUCCCCAUCGCCAUGCCUCAUGCGUUCAACCCAACUACCCACGCGCUGCAGCUUCUGCCAUCCCAUGUGCUGCCGCUCGGCCUUCUCCCCCCCGCGCCACCCUCAUCGUCCUCCAUCGACCUCUUUCUCGUGCGCGCCGACGCCAGUGUGCAGGCCCUCGUGCUGGCGAUGCUGCUGCUGCCUCUGCUCUCCUCCACCGUCUCCGCGCCUGCAAGCGCCACGCGCCCAGCCCAGCACGGGGGGCGCACGGCAGCAUUCUACGCCGCGCUGCUGCUGCUGCUGGGCCACCUCGUGCCGCUCUGGCUCGCCCUCGCCGCCCACGCCGCCCACGUGCCACCGCCCCCUAUGCUCUGGUGGCUGCGGGAGGUGAUGGCCAACGGGCCGCUCUGGCUCUACUGGCUGCUGCUCCUCCUCCUCCUGCCGCCUCUCUCCCGCCUUGCCCCUUCCUCCACGCGCACACCCCACACCAUCCCCUUUGCCCCCCCCCUGUCCGCUGGUUCGCCCACGCCAUCCACUGGCCCCGCUGUCCCCCCCCCCGGCGGCGGUCCCCCCAGUGCCCCACGUGGUGCCCCACGUGGUGCUGCGCAAGGCCUUCCACGUGCUCGCCCUCGCCAUGUUCCUGCCGCCCAUGCUGCUGCAGGUGAUGCAUGCUGCUGCAGAAUCUCCCUGCUCCUCAUCUCCUCCACCCCACUCCUUGCCCCUUUUCGCCCUUCCCCUCUCCCUUUCGUCCCCCCCCUCUCCUUUUCGUCCCUCCCCUCUCCCUUUCAUCUGUCCCCUCUCCCGUUCGACCCGCUCCUCCAGCCCGCCUUCCUCCGCCUUGCCUUCGGCGUGUGCUUUGCCUUCUUCCUCCUCUUGGAAGCCAUGAGAGUGAGUCGCCUUGAAGCCAUGAGAGUGAGUCGCCUUGAAGCCAUGAGAGUGAGUCGCCUUGAAGCCAUGAGAUACCAGGGCAUUCCGCCACUCUCCGCCCCCCUGGAGGCCUUCCUUCGCCCCUUCACUGACACCCGCGACGCCGGCCCGCUCGUUCUCAGCCACUUCUCUCUGCUGCUCGCCUGCAUGCUGCCUCUCUCCCUCACCCCGCCCGCCUUCCUCUCUUCCUCGCACUCGCCAAUCCAAGCCUGCCACGUGGCCCCCUUUGCGGGGUUGCUGAGUGUCGGCAUCGGGGAUACCAUGGCGUCGGUGGUGGGGGUGCGGUGGGGGCGGCAGCGAGUGGCAUCAGACUCGCCCAAGUCGUGGCAGGGCACCGCCGCCGCUGCUGCUGCCAUGCUCGCUGCCUCGCUGCUGCUGCUCUCUCUGCUGCCGCCUCCCCUUGCACCCGUCCAUGAUGCCUCUGCUGCUGCGCUUCACCAAUCGCUGUUUUCCAAUCUACUACAGGCGCCCAUGACAGCGAGCGUGGUGGCGUGCGUCUUCUCUGCGCUGCUGGAGGCGUUCACCCACCAGCUCGACAACGCCUUCAUCCCCCUCCUGCACUUCGCCCUCUGCUGCCUCUAG